AUGCCUCCAAAAGAGAAUUGGGAAGAAUAUAAAAAAGUUGUAGAUGAUGAUAAAGAAGAGGAGAAAAUAGUUCCUUUAGAUGAUGGCGAUAUUCUUUUACUGAAAACAUAUGGAACAGGACCAUAUCAUGAUCUUUUAUCUAAAAUUGAUACAGAUAUUAAAGAACUUCAAAAGAAAGUAAAUGAAGUCCUUGGUGUUAAAGAAGCAGAAACAGGUGUUCUUGAUAGGCGUUUUUGGGAUCUUGCAAAAGAUAGACAACGUAUGUCAGAAGAACAACCUUUACAAGUAGCACGUUGUACAAAAAUUAUUCAGAAUAAAGAUGAUCUUGAAGCAAAUAAAUAUGUUAUUAAUGUCAAGCAAAUUGCAAAGUUUGUUGUUAAACUUGGUGAUAGAGUGAGUCCUACAGAUAUCGAAGAAGGAAUGCGAGUGGGAGUUGAGCGACAGAAAUAUGCUAUACAACUUCCGUUACCUCCAAAAAUUGAUCCUUCUGUGACUAUGAUGCAAGUAGAAGAUAAGCCAGAUGUUACAUAUAAUGAUAUUGGUGGCUGUAAAGAACAAAUAGAAAAAUUGAGGGAAGUAGUUGAACUUCCUCUUCUUCUGCCAGAACGCUUUGUAAAUCUUGGAAUUGACCCCCCUAAGGGUAUUAUGCUUUAUGGCCCUCCUGGAACAGGAAAAACACUUUGUGCUCGGGCUGUAGCAAAUAGGACAGAUGCAACAUUUAUUCGUGUAAUUGGAUCAGAAUUAGUUCAAAAAUAUGUGGGUGAAGGUGCACGUAUGGUUCGUGAACUUUUUGAAAUGGCAAGAACUAAAAGAGCUUGCAUCAUUUUUUUUGAUGAAGUGGAUGCUAUUGGGGGUACCCGUUUUGAUGAUGGCGCUGGUGGAGAUAAUGAAGUUCAACGAACAAUGCUUGAAUUAAUUACUCAAUUGGAUGGAUUUGAUCCGCGUGGUAAUAUUAAAGUAAUGUUUGCAACCAAUAGACCAGAUACAUUAGAUCCUGCUCUAUUACGACCAGGGAGGAUUGACAGAAAGGUUGAAUUUAAUUUACCAGAUUUAGAAGGACGUACAAAUAUUCUAAAAAUUCAUACACGAUCAAUGUCUGUAGAUAGAGAUAUUCGAUGGGAACUUAUUUCUCGCUUAUGUCCCAAUACAACUGGUGCUGAAUUACGUUCUGUUUGUACGGAAGCAGGAAUGUUUGCUAUUAGAGCUCGUCGAAAAGUAGUUACAGAAAAAGAUUUUCUCGAAUCUGUUAACAAAGUAAUCAAAGGCAAUCAAAAAUUUAGCUCUACAUCUCAAUAUCUUCAAUUCCAAUAA